AUGCUCACUUUUCGGAAGUCGUUGAUCGCCGCGAUCUUCCUUGUCGCCUGUAUCCUAGUCCUCCGAUCCUCUCAUUCCUCGUCUUCUUCCUCGAUAACCGAUGUCCCUCCAUCAACCCCGCAUGAAAUCGUGAACGAGAAAUUCUUGCCAAAGAAAGGCACCGUCCAACAGCUCCCCCUCCAACCCGCGCCGACAGCACCCCUUCGCGACCGACUCCGCUACCACUUCCCCUACGACAUCUCGAACAGAUUCCCCGCCUACAUCUGGCAAACUUGGAAAUAUGAUCCGUCUUCGUUCUGGUUCAUUGACGACCUGCGCGCCCCCGAAGCCAGCUGGACAGAGUUGCACCCUGGUUUCGUCCACCAGGUCAUCACCGACGAUACCCAGCGCCACCUGAUCAAAUACUAUUUUGCGUCGGUGCCGGAAGUGGUGGAGGCAUAUGAGGCACUGCCACUUGCUGUGCUCAAGGCGGACUUCUUCCGGUACUUAGUACUUCUUGCGCGUGGGGGUAUUUACAGUGACAUCGACACCACCGCCCUACAGCCUGCGUCUGAAUGGCUCCCUCGGGAACUGGACCAGUCGACUGUCGGCUUGGUCGUGGGCAUCGAAGCGGAUCCUGAUCGUGAUGACUGGCACGAAUGGUACUCACGACGCAUCCAAUUCUGUCAGUGGACUAUCCAGGCCAAGCCAGGUCACCCUGUCCUCCGCGACAUCGUCGCCUACAUCACCGAGGAAGCGCUGCGGAUGAAGAAAUUAGGCGUGCUCAAGUCGAAUAAAAUGGAUAAGACUGUUGUCGAAUUCACAGGUCCUGCCGCAUGGACGGACGCCAUCUUCAGUUACCUCAAUAACCCAGAAUACUUCAAGAUCGAUCCCGAAACCUCGCGCAAUGUCACCUACGAGGAUUUUACUGGGCAGGAAGAUCGCCGCAAGGUUGGAGAUGUUGUCGUCUUGCCGAUCACGAGUUUCAGUCCUGGUGUUGGGCAGAUGGGAGCUAUGGAUAUCGAUGACCCGAUGGCGUUUGUGCAGCAUGAUUUCGACGGGACUUGGAAAACAGACCCUUCGCUAUGA